AACAAAGGUACAUAAAAUGUGCUCUAUGUAUGAAUUACAUUAAAAACUAUUUCGUCACCUGACAGCAGUUAUCAGUUCUUUUUUAAAAGUUAGGUUAUAAGAAAUGUUUUCUUCCAGAUCUGCAGCAAGGCUGUUUAAAGUAAAUAAAUUUGGAAACAUACAUCGAUAUUCUUCAUCGACGAAAAGGGAGUUCAAAGAAAUAAAGAUCAAGGUGCCGUGGGGAUAUGUAGCUGGAAAAUGGUGGGAGCCCUAUGAUAUACGACCUGUAUUAACCAUCCAUGGCUGGCAAGAUAAUUGCCAGUCCUUCGACAGACUAAUACCUCUGCUUAACAAAAAUGUAGGCUUCUUAGCCAUAGAUUUACCAGGACAUGGCUACUCAUCAAAAUUUCCGAACGGAAUGCUUUAUCAUCUCGCAAAUUACUUACUGAUCAUUAAAAGCCUAUCAAAAACCUUUGAAUGGCCGAACACAUCAUUGAUGGGACACUCACUCGGUGCUGUCACGUCAUACAUCUAUUCAAUGCUCUACCCUUCGGAAGUAGACUAUUUGAUAUGUUUAGAUGCAGUUAAACCUAUGGUCAGUAAAAAACAACACCAGCAUUAUGCGGCAGCACUCGAAAAAUUUUUCAAAUAUAAUAAUUUCUUAACUAGUGGAGAACCCCCCAGUUAUACCAUAGAAGAAAUAUCGAAAUUAGUUUCAACAGCCCAUAGACAUUCUAUUUUGCCCGAAAAUGCGAAAUAUAUCUAUGAAAGAAAUAUAGCUCCUUCUGAAGUCCAUCCAGGCAAAUACUAUUUCACCAGAGAUCCGAGACUGAAGACUGGUUCAUUUACCACAUAUUGCCAAAGAGAUUUGGUUGAAUUAGCCCAACAUAUCACUAUGCCUAUUUUUAUAGCAAAAGCUAAGGAUUCAAUCUAUUACGAGGACAAGGAGAACUUUUAUGAAGUCAUCGAUGUCAUAAAAAGAUCAAGUUCCGAUUGUGAUUUUCAUUAUGUUCCUGGUAGUCACCAUGUGCAUCUAAACCAUCCAGAAAAUGUUUCUGAUUUAAUCAAUAAUUUUAUUAGGAAAAAUAGUGUAAAAGAUAGGACUAAGGGUGGCAUUACUGAAGACAUAAUCGUGAAUAAUGAAAAAAGGAUGGAGGGUACCUAGAAACACGAUGUCAGAGAUGCAGUUCCAAAAAUGAUACGCAUGCAAAAAUUAUUUAUCAACGAGACCAUAAAAAGCUUCAACCGCCAAUUUAAAAAGACAUGAUAUCCUUCUUUAGUUGUUUUUGAUUGGAAGAAUGGUGUUAAAUAACUAAAGAACAAGAAAAAAUAAGAGACCAUAAUUUGUAAAUAGUGAAAAAAUAAAUAUAAUUUAUUAAUAAACUAUGUAUUUUGAAUUUAUUAAAUUUUUUGUUAAA